CGAUGUUCCCUUGCUCAGCGGCGCUUUGCAGUAUUUUUAGCCCUCCUGACAUUAGAAAGGUGUGACAAGAACACAAAGAUGGCCCUGAUUCGGCACGUGUAUAAAAGGGACGAGGGGCUGCCCUUUGCAAACCUCGGGGAGCUACGGCUGCGUGUGAGCAGGGCCUCCGUGGUUUCAUCACCCGCUUACCCAGAUGAAGACCAGCUAUGACAGAGGCAAGUCAUCCAAAUCCCAGACUAUCAAAGCAAACGAGACCAUUCCCUCCUGUCGCUCCAGGAAUGGCAACCACCAUGAAGAACAAACCCAGAGCACAUCGAGACAGGCCCACCCCAAGAACCACGAAGGAACCACGGUGCCACCCCAGACAGCAAACAUGCUGCCUGACUGGAGGGAAGCUCGGAUGUCAGAUGUCUGUAAUGGCAACUUUCCCCCGGGACAUGGUUCUGAUGAGAUCAGCUGCACGACCUCAGAGAAACUCCCUCCUGGAGUCACCAAUGCAAACAAGGAGGGGGUGCUAAAGAAAGGCUCAGCUACACAGAAAGCAAGAGAUGAGCCCAAGGAUUCCCCUUCCAAAGCAGUUUUCACGUUUUGGGCCAACAAAGUGAACAACAGCAGCAAAGAACCUUCCUUCCAAAAGUCACCCAUGACCGCAGGAAGAUGCUCUCCAGCCCUGCAUCCCAAGGAAGGCCCUAGCAUCUUGGGAGGAGAGAAGCAGGCUAAAAGUCCCCAGAGAAAGACCAGGAGAGAUUUCUUCUCUGAUUCAAAGGUUUUCAGCCACAUAGACACCCAUGUCCUACAUGUGAGCCAGCAGUUGAAGUCCGGGCACUCCACAUUAUCCAUCCAGGCCAUCAUUCCCCUGAUCACUGCCAAAUCCCAGAGCAAACUGGAGACAAUGCGGGCAAUAUGGUUCUGGCUCUGCCACAACAUUGAAUAUGAUGUGAACGGAUUCUUGGGACUGUCUCAGAAGAUUCACAUGCCAGAGGAGGUCCUGCAAACAGGAAGAGCUGUGUGCUCUGGUUAUGCCCAUUUGUGCCAGGAAAUGUGCAGGGAAGCAGGUUUGAGCUGCGUGCAGGUCCCAGGGUUUGGCCGGAUCCCGGGAUCCCGUGGAGGCCGGUGGUGCCAGCAGCAGAAGAGCAGCCACAUGUGGAACGCGGUGGAGCUGGAAGGACAGUGGUGCCUCCUGGAUGCUUGCUGGGGCGCAGGGACCGUGGAUGCAGAGAACAGGCUGUUCAUACCCAGGCACGAUGACUUUUUCUUCCUUACUGACCCUGAGCACUUCAUUGAGAGCCACUGGCCAGAGGACCCCCAGUGGCAGCUUCUGCAGCCCCCCGUCUUGCAGGAAGACUUUGAGCAGAGAGUGUUUAAAACAUCAGAGUUUUUCAGACUCCAGCUCUCCCUCCUUUCUCCAAACACUUCCCUCCUCAAAACAGCCCAUGGGGAGGUGUCAGUGAUGCUGGGGAGCACGCACCCAACAGAGUUCACCUACCAGCUCUCCAAACUCCAGGGCACCACAACCGAAGAGGAUGUAAGCACAGAUCAUGGGAUGAUGGUGAUGUCUGAGAACAGGAUGACCAUCAAGGUGACUCCCCCAACCGAGGGCCUGUUUGACCUCAUGAUCUUUGCUCGUCACGCUGACUCUCAGGACCCUUACAACUGGGUGUGCUCCUAUCAGAUCCAAUGCCUGGAGCCACACAAUAGGGAGAAACUGCCCGAAAACCCUUUUCGUUUCUGGGGCCUUCACCAAAGGCUGAGAGAUUUUGGCAUCAAGGAGAGCAGCCACAAAGGGGAGAUGCUUAUUGCACCAGAGGGAACUUUGCUCCUGACUCUCCAGACAUCCCGACCCUUGCUUGCUAUGUAUGAGCUGGUUAAUAAAGACUUAGACACUGCUUUGAGCAAGAAAUGCCUGGCUGCUCAAGCUGAGGAGGACAAGCUCAGCUGCCAUGUGCUCUGCCCUUUCCAGGGUUACUACCGGCUCUCUGUGUUCGUGAAGGAUGUAGGAGGCAUCACAUUCAGGAACGUGGCCAAUUUCCUCAUGCGCUGUUCAAGGCCCAUCAACCAGAACGAGCUCUUCCCCUUGGGGCUGAGCAUGCACUGCGGGAGCGGGAUCAGCUCCAGCAGCCAUGGCCUCUCCAACCCCAGCCAUUCAGCCCCCAUCAUCACCACCAAGGUGGGGAAGUGCAACAUCACCUUCCACACGUCCACUGAUGUCGAGGUGGCCGCCAGCUUGAGUAAGGACAAAGUCAUCAGCACCAAGUACCCACUGGAGAGAUACGUCCUGGUCACCCACCUAAGGAAUAAAGUCAGUGUGUGUGUUGUGCUCCCUGAGUCAGGCGUCUAUAAAGUGGGGCUUUAUGGGAGAAGCAAGGACCACAAGGACUUUGUCCAUAUUUGUGACUAUGUUAUCCGCUGCUUCUCCGAUCCCAGUUGGCCUCCCUUCCCCAGGGUCUACAGCUUAUGGAGGACAGGGUGCGUGUUGCUAGAGCCACGCACAGGGGUGCUCCAAGAGCAGAGCUGGGUCAGGUUCAGGGUUAAGGUACCAAAAGCCAACCAAGCUGUGGUCUUUGGGCAAGAGAAGACGGUGCUGCAGCAGACCACAAACAUGGUGUGGGAAGGGGAUGUGCUCACCGGGGCUGCAGGGACACAAGUCAAACUGGCUGCCAAGUUCAACCAGCACUGCUCUUCCCUGGAGGUCCUCCUGGUGUUUGAGGUGGGAGAUGGCUCAAAUGCUCCCCUUGGGUGUUCGGGGUAAACCAGAGAAGUGAUGGAAUCGCCUAAAAAAGCCAGGGAAGUGAUGGAAAGGGCUAAAAAAUCCAGGGAAGGAAGCAAAUGCUCUCAAAACAAGGAUGUUGAGGAGAUGGGGGCAAACCUCCCAGAACUUUAUGGCAUGUCAGGGUGAAACCCACAGAGCUUUUCUUCCCGCAGCAUAUCCAGAUACUCACUGGGACCUCCUAUCCCACUCAGAGCUGUUGCCGCUGUAUAAAUCAACUGCAACAUAUGGAAGGCUCCUAAUAUUUUGCUUCUGUCCGAGGAGACCAUUGUUCAGCUUCUCUACAGGAAGGAUGUCUCACUGCUUAUUACCAGCUUGAAUAAUUGCUUGGAAUGUUGUACUUGACGCCUAUUCAAGAGCUUGGAAAGCCGCGUGGUUUCUUUCUCUUGAGAGGAUAACAACCACAACAACCCCGAAACAACCCAGAGCAAAAGAAAAGAGCCCAAACUGGAGCCAACAGCUUCAGACGGGAGCAAGGUUUGGAAAACAGAAAUAUCUAGUAAAGGAAAUGAGAGCUCCUUGCUCUCAUGCUCUGUGCUUGAGCAGAAGAAAGGGGAAAGGAAGGAAAGAGGUGCUGUAUUUUAUCAUCUAUGUCUUCAAAACAUCUUCCAGGUCUGCAUUAUCAAGGAGGACAUGUAGAUAUACGGACUUAAGAGCAUUAAGGGCUUGAAACAAAGACAAGGAACAGUCAAGAAAUCAGCUCUGUAACCAAAACUGAGCCAAAUCACUGAGCAGAAAGCGCUUAAGCUCUGACACAGGCGGCAAGACACCACAGGCACCAACCUACUGACAGUAAACUCAAUGUUCAUACAUUGAUGAGCUUGAAGAUACACAUGGAAAUACUUCCACAUGCCUGCAGUGGAUUGAUGCUUGAAGUGGGCAUUCUGGCUGCAAUAAUGACUCAUAGAGCCCCAGGCUGGUUUGGGUU